AUGCAUACGCAUGUGUGGAAGCAGAUCAGAGACAGAGAAGCUGGGAAAGUGCAUACGAACCAUUUCGCGAAUCGCAUAAAAUCGAAUCGCAUUUCGCAGCUCCAAUUGUCGAAUCACAAAGACAUCGUCUCCCCUCACAAGGGCGCCGUCAACUCCCUUCAGAUUGAUUCGACAGAGGGAAGGUAUCUGCUCUCCGCCGCCUCCGAUGCCUCGGUAGCCGUGUACGACGUUCAACGACCCUCCGCUUCCGAAUCAGCCGCCGCCUUCUCCAAGCACAAGUGCUUAUUUGUCGUAGACAAGCAACACCAACAGGCCCACAAAUAUGCCGUGUCCACUGCCAUAUGGUAUCCCAUUGACACCGGCUUGUUCGUCACUGGCUCAUAUGAUCAUCACAUUAAUGUUUGGGAUACCAAUACCACCCAGGUGGUGGUGAACUUCAAAAUGCCGGGAAAGGUGUAUAGGACUGCAAUGUCCAAUUUGUCAACCUCUCACAUGCUUAUCGCUGCUGGCACUGAGGAUGUCCAAGUUCGCCUUUGUGAUAUUGGUUCUGGGGCUUUUGCUCACACUUUGUCCGGUCACCGUGACGGUGUAAUGACUGUUGAAUGGUCUAAUUCAAGUGAAUGGAUCUUGGUUACCGGGGGAUGUGAUGGUGCAAUACGAUUUUGGGACAUCAGGCGUGCUGGCUGUUUCCAAGUUUUAGAUCAAUCUCGGACUCAGUUUGGAAGACGACCACCUAUACUCAAACGCUCCAUGAUACCUAAGGAUUCAAGUACAAAAUUGAGUGGUACCCAAAAGAAACAUGCUAAUGGAAGUGGUAGCAGACAACUGUCAAUUGGCAGGGUUCCAUCCAAGGGACCAACAAAGCAGAGGUUACAUCCAGGAAUGCUUUCUACUCAGGAUCGGGCGACUGCUCAUUAUGGUGCUGUGACAGGGUUAAAGGCAACCGAGGAGGGCAUGUAUCUACUGAGUGCAGGGUCUGAUUCAAGAUUAAGGUUGUGGGAUGUUCAAUCUGGCUGCGACACACUAGUGAACUUUGAAACAGUCCGUUUGCAAAUAAACAAACCUCUUCAAUUAGCCACCACUCAAGAUUCAACCCUCGUUUUUGUUCCAUGCAUGAGAGCUGUGAAAGCAUUUGACAUGUGGUCUGGGAAAACGUACACAAUAUUACGGGGCCACUAUGAAUGUGUAAACUCUUGCUGGUUUAAUGAACAAGAUCAGGAACUAUACACUGGUGGAAAUGAUAGACAAAUUCUUGUCUGGUCACCUGCUAGAUCAAUCGCUGAUGAAAUGGGCGAAGGACCUACUGAGGAUCAGGAUAACUGGAGUAGCUGA